AUGUCACGGGACAGUGCUGAUAGAGAUGAAGUGUCGUUUACAGACGUAGAGGAUGCUCCAGCAGGAGGUGACAAACAAGCCACGGGUUCAGCUAUGAUGGACCUUAUCAGCGGCCUCCAGAAACAAAAAGGCUCUUCAACAUCAGGCGGAGAUAGCACAACCAGCGGAUCAACAGGAAGAGGCAAAAAGAAGAAGAAAGGCAAAAAAGGCAAGAAAGUGACUAAGCGGAAGAGAAGAAAGGAUCGUUACGAAUCACAGAAUUAUUUACUGCGCAUUGAAGGCACACUUUGUUGUGCUUCGAUUGUAAUCUCCAUACUGUGGCUUGUCUCAUGUUUCAUUGUGUUCAUAAUAUGCGGAAUUUGGAGCGGUUUCGAUUUCACCGCUACUACGGACUCGGUAAAACAAUAA